AUGCGGAUCCUCUGUCUCCACGGAAAGGGUACCAGCGCCGCCAUCUUCCGAUCGCAGACUUCCUCUUUCCGGGCGCAGCUCGCCGACAAGAACAUUGAAUUCGAUUUCGUAGAUGGUCCCCACCCGAGUACGGCCGCGGCAGGCGUGGACUUGUUUUAUGAUCCUCCCUACUACGCCUGGUAUGAAGGCGAUGGCAUCGAGACUGUCCGCAAGGCACAUCACUGGUUGAAUGAGUACAUUGCCGCAAAUGGCCCCUACGAUGCCGCCAUGAUGUUUUCACAGGGAUGUGUCCUUGGAUCCAGCGCAUUGUUACUUCACCAAGAAGAAACGCCCGAUAUGCCACCGCCGUUCAAAGCCGCCAUCUUUAUUUGCGGUGGUGCCUCGCUUAGUGUCCUCGAAGAGAUGGGAUUCCAUGUUUCUGCUGAAGCGCGCGAACGGGACACUGCAUCAAGGUCUGCUCUGGCUUUGCAAGCGGGUUCGAUGUCCCUGAUGACACAGGGCGCGAACCGUUGGACCGGGCUGGGCGCUUUGAGCGAUGGGCUUUCAGAGGAAGAAUUGCGAGAGGAGAUUAAAGGUCCUUAUCGGAUUCCGAUCCCUACUGUGCAUAUAUACGGCUCCAAGGAUCCACGUUAUGCCGCAGGUGUACACUUGUCUGGAGUGUGUGAGCCAGAGAAACGGCGCACGUACGACCACGGGGUGGACACGAGAUUCCUCGGACGGCAGCUGUGA